AUGGAUACGCCAGGAUUUUCUCCUGUCACGCCAUUACAACAGAGGAGGAACUUGGCUUCAGCUACAAUCCUGCAGAAGAAAUCUGCCCUGCGGCAGCGACAUGGGCAAGUCGGUCGAACUCCGGGGCCUGAAGAUGCCCCCACCUUGAGAGACUCUGCUCAAAGACAAGGAUACAUUGACGCCGAUCAUGAGCGUGAGAUUCAUUCGGAGUUCGAUUUGCUAUAUGCGGAUGCCCAGGCAUCGAGGGGAGCAGGAAGUGGUCCAGGGCUGGGCAACACGUACAGGCGAGUUGGACAACAAAACUUCGACCCCAACACACCGAUGGGUGGUUUCUUUUCGCCUCAACAAUCUACAUUCAUUUCUGCUAUGUCGCCGAUAGCGAAUAACAACAUGCACGAACUCACGUUUGCCACUCCUCAUCACACUCGUCAGCUUGCAUUCCAGCAUGAGAAUACAGCAGCUAUGCAUCCAGCCAUGCCUACCUCCACGGCAGACACUGAAGCUGAUCGUUGGGUAACCAUAUUUGGAUUUCCGCAGGGAUAUCAAGAUGGUGUGCUGCGUUACAUGAGAGAUAGGGGGGAGAUCGAGGAAUGGAAAUAUUCUGGGACGAACUACCUGGCGGUGAAAUUCAAGGAUCAAGAGACUGUGGCUGAGGCGCUUGGCUUGAAUGGUUCGAUCAUGCCAGGAGAUGGACUUCCCGGGGACAACUUCAUGAUCGGAGUCAAACGUGGAGCUCAACUUGGCAAUUUCAAUUUGCAAGAGAAAAGACCAUCGCAAUUGGACAAAGCUGCUGCCAACCCGUCAUCAGUCAAGGACAAGAAUCCUGUUGUCACCAAGAACUCAGCUUUGCGAGGGGGAAGGUUGUGGGAUUUCCUGAUUGUUUUCACUUUUUCUGACAUUCUUUUUGUAUUUGUCACGGUUCAGCUUCGGAAGAUUUUUAUCGGAACUCUUUGA